AGAAGAACUGAUGCUGCGCGGCAUGAAGCAGACGGCCGAGGCCGAAGCACUGGCCCUCUCGAGUGGGACGGCUGAGGAUAAAACUGACCGAGGUCGUGGUGGUGCCUACGACCUGGACGACGAAGAUGUCGAGUCGGAGAACCAAGGCGCCAUCGAAGGAAACGAUUUGCCUGACGAGGCGGCCGGAGGUACCGGCCUGGAUGGAGGAGGUCUACGAGGAGGUCGCUCUCGAGCUCUACGCCUGGAACAGCGUUUUGGUCUUCCCGACCUUCGCGAAGAUGAAGUUCACAAACAGACUCUGUGCUUGGAAGCCUAUCAGUGCGCCCUUGUUCAGUUGAAACAAGAUCAUCUCGACCGUCGUCAAGGCCUGGUCGUUGGCAUGCCAGCUGUACAGAGUCGCUGGGCGGCCUGGGAAGCUCUUAAGCGUAUCGUUUAUCACAGACAGUCCCAAGUUAAUCAGUACAUGGAGGCAAUAAAACAAAGUGAGCUAAUUAAUAAAUAUCAUAAGUUAGUAGGGUUUCGAGACUACCAGUAA